AUGGUCUCUCUAUCAGACGUCCAGUCCUCAAAUGCCCAAAUUGCCACCACACUCCCAGGCCUCGUGGCCGUCUUCAUAGGCGCAACAAAUGGCAUCGGCGAAGCAGCCCUAAAAGAAUUCGCCCGCUCAGCCAAAUCCCCUCGCGCAUACUUUAUCGGUCGCUCGCAAGAAGCCGCAGCGCGCAUCACGGCCGAAUGUCGACAGUUGAACCCGGAGGGAGAAUUCAUCUUCAUCAAAGCGGAUCUCAGUUUAAUUCGGAAUGUCGACGCCGUCUGUCGCGAGAUUCAGAGUAAAGAAUCGAGUAUCAAUAUUCUCUUCCUUAGCUGUGGAACUAUUCGUUCUGGAGAAGAUACAUCCGAAGGUCUCCAUAACAUGCCUGCAAUUCAGUACUACGCACGGACACGAUUAAUCACCAACCUCCUCCCGAAUCUCAAACAAGCAACAGGGCUGCGGCGCGUCGUUAGCGUCUUAGCUGGAACCCAUGAAGGUCCUAUUGACGUGACAGACUUCCAAGCAAAGAAUAUGUUCAUGUUAAGGCUACGUGGACAUCUUGUUUCCAUGACUGAUAUGGCCCUGGAAUCGCUGGCUGAUCAAGCCCCAGAAGUGACAUUUAUUCAAGAUUACCCUGGUCCGGUGAAGUCGGGGCUUGAUCGUGAGGCGAAUACUCUUCUGGCAUGGUUUAUUGGUUUCGUGCUGAUGAUUAUCGGUCCUUUGGUUUACAUCCCCACUCGGGAGUCGGGAGAGAGGCAUCUUUACUUCGCGACGAGUGCUAAGUAUCCUCCCCGUGUCCGCUCGGAUGCGAUUGAAGCUUCCUCUGGUGUACCUCUGUCGGAAGGGGUUGAGGUUGCUAAUGGGACGGAUGGGAAGGUUGGGAGCGGGGUGUAUAGUAUUCACUGGAGUGGAGAGCAUGCUGGUCCUAAGGUUGUGAAAUUGCUGACUGGACUUCGCGAGCAGGGUAUGAAGGAGAAGGUUUGGCAGCAUACGGUUGGUGAAUUUGAUAGAAUUAUGGGGCCGACGGAUGUAUGA